AUGGAGCAAAGGUUGCUAGAAGCAGCUCGAAAGGGCAAUAUUGAUGAGCUGAAUGACUUGAUCGGAAGCAAUGGGCUGAUCCUUGGAGAGAUGUUUGCAAAAAAAGUGAAUGCGGAUGGUUUUAGUCCACUGAACAUCGCGGCAGCUCGAAGUGAUGUUGAGAUCGCGAGGGAGCUCUUGGGAGUGGGUCCACACCUGUGCUCCAUGAAGGGAUGGGAGAGAAGAAUCCCUUUGCAUUAUGCCAUCAUAAAUGGGGAGCUCGAUGUCAUGAAGGUACUACUCUCUGCUUCUCUUGAGUCUAUUGAAGAGACAACCGCUAGGGAGGAGAUGGUGCUUCACCUCGCCGUGAAGAACAACCGGUUUGAAGCAGUUGUUGUGUUAGUGGAGCAUCUGAAGCAGCAUAGAAGGAGCAGGUCAUCAAUCGGCAGGAUAACAAAGGUGGUUAACUUCAUGCUUUUUGGUUCUGCUCUGGAGUUCGGAAUCGUGGAGAUGAACACCUUGAACAAGAGUGGCUUAACCCCUCUCGAUGUCUCAUAUCACCUAGAUCGAGAUAUUAGAGAAAUCCUCAUGCAGGCAGGAGCCAAACACGGACAAUCCAACUUGCCCUCUUCAGAAAUAGUCCUGGCGGUUGGUGACCAAGAUAAUAAUGAGAGAGCUACCAGCUAUCAAUCAGUUAUGAAACCUGCAGUUGAAAAUGAUCAUCCACAAUCAAAAGAUUCGAACCAAGGACAAAAGCCUUUGGACGAUAAACGCAGUGACCUCCUGGUUGUAGCCGUGCUCAUAGUACGUGAAGGGAAGAGAGGGGAGACGGUGCUUCACCUUGCCGUGAAGAACAACCGCUUUGACAUAGUCGUUGUGUUGGUGGAGCAUCUGAAGCAGAACGAGAAGGAGCAGGUGAUCAAUUGGAAGGACCACAAAGGCAACACCGUCUUGCAUCUCGCGGCUGCCGUAAAAAAUUUCGAGGUGGUUGACUUCAUGCUUAAGUAUGAGACUGUGGAGGUGAACGCCUCGAACGAGAGGGGCUUGACGCCUCUUGAUCUCUCAACUCUUUUGCAAAGAGGAUCUGGAGAUAGAGAGAUCACAAAAAUUCUCGCCCGAGCUAGAGCCACGCACGAAAAAGGAAGAUCAAACUCACCCGCUUCAUUAUCAUUCUCAGUGGACAACAACGAUAUCGAGGGAGCUAACAGUCAUCAAUCAAAUGGGGAAUCAAUCACAAAUGCUCCUCAAUCAUUAACACAAUCGACAUGGAAAAAUCUGAACAAAGAAAAGGAGUAG